GGCCGUGCUGCUUAUGGCGGCGCUGGAGAGGGGGCGCUGAGCUGUUGGGUAUGAAGUGUAACAGAACAGACUUUACCACCUGAAACUGCUGCUUCAAGUUCAGAUCAGGCAAGGAACAAACGUCGUAACAACCAACAAGACCAAAGAAGAGUACACUUAAGUUGAAGACACAACACUUGAUCUGAAACAAGAAGUUUGUGCCUACUCAACAGCUUUGAAAGAGCACUUCCCAACGCUGCUAGUAGUCUUUGUUUUCUUCAGUGCUGUACUGUGAGAUUGCCUGGUGCAGCAGCAGUUAUAUUCUUUAUUAGCUUGAUAGAGCAUUUUCUCUCGCUCUUUUUUUUUUUUAAUACUAGCAACUUUUCAUCCUUUGAAACGUGUGCUGAAAAAGAAGAAUCAGCAAAUACUACUGAAAGUGCAAUAAUAUUUGAUUAUCACUGCGAGAUGAGCUUUGAUCCAAACCUUCUCCACAACAAUGGACACAAUGGGUACCCCAAUGGUACUUCAGCAGCACUGCGUGAAACAGGGGUUAUCGAAAAGCUGCUGACCUCUUACAGAUUUAUUCAGUGUUCAGAACGUCAAGCUAGACUUUUCUUCCACUGUUCACAGUAUAAUGGCAACCUGCAGGACUUAAAAGUAGGAGAUGAUGUUGAAUUUGAAGUGUCAUCUGACCGGCGGACCGGGAAACCCAUUGCUGUUAAACUGGUGAAGAUAAAACCAGAAAUCCUCCCUGAAGAACGAAUUAAUGGACAAGAAGUGUUUUAUCUGACUUACACCCCUGAAGAUGUCGAAGGAAACGUUCAGCUGGAAACCGGAGAUAAAAUAAACUUUGUAAUUGAUAACAAUAAGCAUACUGGUGCUGUAAGUGCUCGUAACAUCAUGCUGUUGAAAAAGAAACAAGCCCGCUGUCAGGGAGUAGUUUGUGCCAUGAAGGAGGCAUUUGGCUUCAUUGAAAGAGGUGAUGUUGUAAAAGAGAUAUUCUUUCACUAUAGUGAAUUUAAGGGUGACCUAGAAACCUUACAGCCUGGAGAUGACGUGGAGUUCACAAUCAAGGACAGAAAUGGUAAAGAAGUUGCAACAGAUGUCAGACUAUUGCCUCAAGGAACAGUCAUUUUUGAAGAUAUCAGCAUUGAACAUUUUGAAGGAACUGUAACCAAAGUGAUCCCAAAAGUACCCAGUAAAAACCAGAAUGACCCAUUGCCAGGACGCAUCAAAGUUGACUUUGUGAUUCCUAAAGAACUUCCUUUUGGAGACAAAGAUACAAAAUCCAAGGUGACCCUGCUGGAAGGUGACCAUGUCAGGUUUAAUAUUUCAACAGACCGACGUGACAAACUAGAACGAGCAACCAACAUAGAAGUUCUAUCAAAUACAUUUCAGUUCACUAAUGAAGCCAGAGAAAUGGGUGUGAUUGCUGCCAUGAGAGAUGGUUUUGGUUUCAUCAAGUGUGUGGAUCGUGAUGCUCGCAUGUUCUUCCACUUCAGUGAAAUUCUUGAUGGGAACCAGCUCCAUAUUGCAGAUGAAGUAGAGUUUACUGUGGUUCCUGAUAUGCUCUCUGCCCAAAGAAAUCAUGCUAUGAGGAUUAAAAAACUUCCCAAGGGCACGGUUUCAUUCCAUUCCCAUUCAGAUCAUCGUUUCCUGGGCACUGUAGAAAAAGAAGCCACUUUUUCCAAUCCCAAAACCACUAGCCCAAAUAAAGGCAAAGAGAAGGAGGCUGAGGAUGGCAUUAUUGCUUAUGAUGAUUGUGGGGUAAAACUGACUGUUGCUUUUCAAGCCAAGGAUGUGGAAGGAUCUACUUCUCCUCAAAUAGGAGAUAAGGUUGAAUUUAGUAUUAGUGACAAACAGAGGCCUGGGCAGCAGAUUGCAACUUGUGUGCGACUUUUAGGUCGUACUUCCAAUUCCAAGAGGCUCUUGGGUUAUGUGGCAACUCUGAAGGAUAAUUUUGGAUUUAUUGAAACAGCCAAUCAUGAUAAGGAAAUCUUUUUCCAUUACAGUGAGUUCUCAGGUGAUGUUGAUAGCCUGGAACUGGGGGACAUGGUGGAGUACAGCUUGUCCAAAGGCAAAGGCAACAAAGUCAGUGCAGAAAAAGUGAACAAAACACAUUCAGUGAAUGGCAUUACUGAGGAAGCUGAUCCCACCAUCUACUCUGGUAAAGUCAUUCGCCCCCUGAGGAGUGUUGAUCCAACACAAACUGAGUACCAAGGAAUGAUUGAGAUCGUGGAGGAGGGGGAUAUGAAAGGUGAAGUCUACCCAUUUGGCAUAGUUGGGAUGGCCAACAAAGGGGAUUGCCUGCAGAAAGGGGAGAGUGUUAAGUUCCAAUUGUGUGUCCUGGGCCAAAAUGCACAGACUAUGGCCUAUAACAUCACACCCCUGCGUAGGGCCACAGUGGAGUGUGUGAAAGAUCAGUUUGGCUUCAUUAACUACGAAGUAGGAGAUAGUAAGAAGCUGUUUUUCCAUGUGAAAGAAGUUCAGGAUGGCAUUGAGCUACAGGCAGGAGAUGAGGUGGAAUUCUCAGUGAUUCUUAAUCAGCGCACUGGCAAGUGCAGCGCCUGUAAUGUUUGGCGAGUCUGUGAGGGCCCAAAGGCUGUUGCAGCUCCAAGACCUGAUCGGUUGGUCAAUCGCUUGAAGAGCAUCACCCUGGAUGAUGCCAGUGCUCCUCGCCUAAUGGUUCUUCGUCAGCCAAGGGGACCAGAUAACUCAAUGGGAUUUGGUGCAGAAAGAAAGAUCCGUCAAGCUGGUGUCAUUGACUAACCACAUCCACAAAGCACAUCAUUAAUCCACUAUGAUCAAGUUGGGGGGAUUCUGGUGAAGGGUUCUGAAUAUCUCCCUCUUCAUCCCUCCCCAAAUCUGGAAUACUUAUUCUAUUGAGCUAUUACACCAGUUUUAACACCUUCCUCGUGUUAUGUUUAAAAAAAUAAAUAAAUUUAAGAAAACCAUUUUAAAAUUAUGCACAGUUGCAGCCUGGAAAACUUAAGGUGGCGCCUUAUAGUAUCAAUUUUAGGAGCUUUAUUUGGUGCAUUUAACGCAACUGGUAAUUGCAAAAUCCACUUCGCCUGUGUAAGUGAAAAAUAUAGACUUAUUUUGUUGGCCCCAUGAAAUUCUGCACUCAGUAUUUAGUGUAUACUCUACCUUCAUUACUUCUGGCAAGAUGUUCUGCCUUAGGAUUCAGUUGCAUUCUUUUCUUUCCUGUUCAUUGUGCUUUAAUUCUGAAGACGGUAUGAGGGUAGAAUACAUUACCUUUUAAAAUUACAAAAAUUAAACAAUUUGUAUAGGCGAAUCAUUUCCUUAAGUUGAUGGCCAAAUGUUAAAAUGUUAUUUUCAUAUCAUUUAUAAUCUUGUCACAGUCCACUUAACGAAGUUCAGUUAGAUUUCAGUGAAAAUUAUCUUCCAGAGUAGUUUUUUUUUUUUUUUCCUGGGAUGGGGGCUAACUUUACUACAAUUAGUUUGGUGCAGAAUUUCAUGCAAAUGAGGUGUGCCAGCAGUGUGAUAAUUUAAACGUAUUUAAACAAACAUAAAGGACGAAUGCACAAAUUUGCUGCUGCUUAGGUCACUGCAGCUUCUAGGACCCAGUUUCUUUUACUGAUUUAAAAACAAAACAAAAAAAA